CGCGUCCGUCUCCUGCACCACUCCUCCCGACCGGCCACCUCCAACGACUCGGCCGCCGCCGUAACCCGAUACGCGUUUUAUUAUUAGUACAUUUCGAUCGCGAUUAAAUAGUCGUCGCAGUCGCAAGCCCCGCGCAACUGAGCACCACUCAGUAGCGUUACGAGUACCCGUGAAUAUCGAUCACGCCGUACCGAUCCGAAGUCAAUUGUCGGUUUAGAUCGCAUCGAACGCGAAGAGUGAAAUCGCCGCGAUCGUCGUUUUUUUUUUUUUUCGGCUCUCUAGACAUCGGACUACAUUAUAUAUUUUUCAGCAGCCGACGCCACUAAAGCACACGUAACUACGCCGUCAUGUCCUUAUCGCAGUCCACGACCUCGUCCGGAGGUUCAUCCACYAACAGCGUGCUGGAGAAGUUGGGCCUUCUGCUCGUAGCCCUGGUCGUGCUCCGCCUCACCCGGGCCACCAUGCGGUUCGCGUACCGACACGUGUUCGGYCCGUCGGCCCUGUGCGGGAGCACCGUCGACUUCGCCAAGUGUGGCAAGUGGGCCGUUGUGACAGGCGCAACGGACGGGCUGGGCAAGGCGUACGCCCGGCAACUGGCCGGUCGCGGCAUGGACGUCGUGCUGGUCAGCCGGACACAGGCCAAACUGGAGGCGACCGCCGAAGAGAUCCGCGCUGAACACCCGGGCCGCCGCGUCAAGUGCAUCCGGGCUGACUUCACCGACCCGGACACGUCCUCGGUGUACGGCCACGUGGGCCGGGAGCUGCACGGUCUCGAGGUGGGCGUGCUGGUCAACAACGUUGGCUUGUCGUACCCGCACCCCGAGUACUUCCUGAAGGCCGCCGAAGACCGGUGCGGCGACGCGGACGGUGGCAAGGCCGCCUCGUCUGCCGGAUGGGGACCGCAGCUGUUCGACGACAUGGUCCGGUGCAACAUCACGUCCAUGGUCAACAUGUGUCGGCUGGUGAUGCCUGGCAUGGCCGACAGGAAGCGCGGGUGCGUCAUCAACAUAGGAAGCACCGCGUCCCGUAUCCCGUGCCCUCUGUUGACGAUGUAUGGGGCCACCAAGAAAUUCGUCGAGAAAUUUAGCCGCGAACUGAACACCGAAUACGGCGGCARAGGCAAGAACGGCACAAACAUCACCGUGCAGUGCGUGAUGCCUGGUUACGUAGCCACCAAGAUGAGCAAGAUUGCGCGUACCUCGUGGUUGGUUCCGUCGCCAGACACUUUCGUCCGAUCGGCACUUCAGACCACCGGACUGGAACCAGUCACCACUGGUUACCUGCCACACACUUUGAUGGUGAAAGGCAUCGAACUCGCUGAGAGCAUUUCCGAAUCUAUAAUGGCCCGUACAGUGAUGAACAACAUGCUGAGCAUCCGAUCCAGAGCCUUGCGCAGACAAGCCAAAGAACAACAGCAGCGAGAGGAAGCACAAGCCGCUGCCGCCACCGACGAAUAGAUCGAACGGUUAAAAUUUGUAAUAAUUUCACUACACCAGCCAAUGUCCGUAUCGCACCACCGCCACUAAUGAUUCGUUAAGAGCGCCUCGUCACCGUCUAGGACAUGAUGUCGCGCACCACCACAUUACGGUUGUAUCGACCUUAGUGUGUAAUUUGAUGUUUAAGGUUUAGGAUUAAUUGUAAACGAUAGGAAUAUUACGUUAAGGCUUUAAUUUAGGAUUAAUAUAUAAUAUUAACAAUGUUAAUAAAAAUAAGUCUUAGGAAUAACUAUUAUGUUAUCGAUUAUUGAUAAUUAAUUAUAUUUAAGUACAUAUGUCUGCGUCAAAUGGACGAGACAAGCUUACAUAAACGCAAUAAUAUUUUCUCUAUUUUUGAUAUCCAGUUUCAAGGGUUAUUGUGUUUCAGGUCAUUAUUAAAAUAUAAAUUAAUUUCAAAUCUAUAUAAAUAAUAUUGUAACUUCACAUGCCCCUUUCUUUGUCGCUGAGUGCAAUUAUUGUUACUUUGUUUUUUACAAUAUUUUUUUUUAAUAAAAAAUAUACUGAUCCUUAAGUUAUAUUAUUUAAGUUUUAGUGAAUCACAUUAUCCUACCCCUGGGAAAAGUGAUUCGGUAGUUAGGUUAAUUUAUUAUUUUGUUCAAAACGUUCGGUAAAAACUAAAUUUUAAUCUUUGAUCUGUACACAAAAUAACCUUGAUAACUUUUUUGUGUUACUUGUUUUUUGAUCCCUAAAUUAGUCUCAUAUUUAUAUAUUUUUUGAUAACUUUCACUUUAGCUGUGUAAUCUUUAGCGAUGAAACUCAGUUAGUCAGUUAUGGUUAGUUUUAUUUAAUUUUGUUUUGUCCUGUGCUAACACAAAAACGUAUUUUUAUGUGGUACUCUUUGGCUAAUUUUAAACAUAGUAUUUGUAAGUCUAAUGUAGGUUAGAUAGUUUUGAUUUUGAUUUUUAUUAAUUUUUUCCUUUUUACCUGUUUAAAACUUGCCAACACUCUUGAACUACUUAUGUAGUGGUGUUGGUUAGUCUUAGCGACAAUGUGGAUAAUUCUACUUAAAUUUAGUCGUGCCAUAAGAGUGUUUCAUGUUUCAGACAUGCCUCUGUAUGGCACAAAUUCUAUAUAAAUUUGGUGUUUAUUAUUAAGGUAGAUAUACGUUAGGCUAAGUAGGUACUUUUAAGUCACACAACAUAUAUUAUAUUUAAAAUAUUUUUAUAUUUAUAUCUUAAGGUUYUUAUUUUGUUCUAUUUGAUUUUGUUCUGUCUUAUAUUAUUUUCUUAGAAACUAUGUGCUGCCCCCUCCCCCCCCCCAGACAUAAAUGCAAUAUUAAACAGAAAAUAAUUAAUUAUAUUCGUACGUACACGGGAACUCUUAGUGAAUAAUUCGAGCGUUCUAUUAUAUUUGGGUUAUAUUUUAAUAUUGUUUUUAAAUAUUUUUUAAGAUAUGUUACGUUGAACGUACAUACUGGUUGAAAUAAUAAAAGAUUUAAGGUGACUACUGCUACUACAAUGCACUAUGAAUGUAUUGUACUAGAAACUAGUAGCGCCUUGUAGAA